CGGAGUAAAUGCUGCAUAAUGUUAGCUCGGCAUAUAUUUAUAUAUGUUUUAUUGCCCAGUUUUGUGUUGGCACAAAUUUGUUUCAGAACGGAUUAUAAAAAGCUUAAGGACAGAACCAUAACCUUAAAAGUAAAGUAUUGCUGUAAGGGAUAUAAACGUCUAACGGGCAGCAGUUUAAGGUGUGUGCCGCAAUGUAAUCAGAAUUGUGGCAGCGGCAGAUGCUCAAAGCCAAAUACAUGCAGCUGUAAUAGGGGCUAUGAGAAUCUCAACCAUUUGCCAGCCAAUCGUUGCGUGCCCCAAUGCAAGGGCGGCUGCACAAAUGGCCGUUGCGGCUCGCCCGGUAAGUGCAUCUGCGCAAAUGGGUACGAGAUCGAUGGGGCAACCGGACAUUGUCUGCCAAUCUGCAGCAGCGGCUGUGCCAAUGGCCACUGCAAAUCACCAGGAAACUGCGUCUGCAAUAAGGACUACACCUUAAAUGUCAAUACUCAGAUAUGUCAACCCGAUUGCAAGCCUGGUUUCCAGCUGAACGAGACCUUAAACGCUUGCAAUCCAAUAUGUAGCAAAGGCUGCGAUAAUGGAAUCUGUCGUGCUCCGGAAACUUGUGAAUGCAAUGCGGAUUAUCAGAAAGGUACCGAUAACAGCUGCAUGCCCAUAUGUAAAAACAAUUGCUUUAACGGCAAAUGCACGGCCCCAGGAAUAUGUGAAUGCCUCGCAGGACACGUGAAAAUAAGUGAUUCCAUGUGUUUGCCGGACUGCAAAAAUGGCUGUAUGAACGGGUUCUGUAGUGCGCCAGACGUGUGCACUUGUAAUAGUGGGUACACAUAUGAGAGUGGGAACAAUUGUCAGCCGUUAUGUGAAAACGGAUGUGAGAAUGGACUCUGUAGUGCGCCAGGGCAAUGUACUUGUGAUAAAGGGUACAGCAAAGUGACAGAGAACAGUUGUGCACCAGUGUGCAAAGACGGAUGUGAGAACGGAUUCUGUAGUGCACCAGGGGAAUGCACGUGUCAUCAAGGAUUUUCUGCAGUGAGUGCAAACAGUUGCGCACCCGUGUGCAAAUACGGAUGUGAGAACGGAUUCUGUAGUGCGCCGGGGAAAUGUACCUGUGAUAAAGGUUACAGCAAAGUCACAGAGAACAGUUGUGCACCAGCGUGCAUAAACGGAUGUGAGAACGGAUAUUGCAGCGCACCAGGUGAAUGCACUUGUAAUAAAGGCUACAGUAUAGUCAGUGAGAAGAGUUGCGCCCCAGUGUGCAAAGACGGAUGUGAGAACGGACAUUGCAGUGCACCAGGGGAAUGCACUUGUGACGAAGGCUACAGUAAAGUCAGUGAGAACAGUUGUGCCCCAGUGUGCAAAGACGGAUGUGAGAACGGAUAUUGCAGUGCGCCAGGGAAAUGCACUUGUAACGAAGGCUACAGUAAAGUCAGUGAAAACAGUUGUACCCCAGUGUGCAUAAACGGAUGCGAGAACGGAUAUUGCAGUGCGCCAGGGGAGUGCUCUUGUAUCGAAGGCUACAAUAAAGUCAGUGAGAACAGUUGUGCCCCAGUGUGCAAAGACGGAUGUGAGAACGGAUUCUGUAGUGCGCCAGGAGAAUGCACUUGUCAUCAAGGAUAUACUUCAGUGAGUGCGAACAUUUGUGCACCAGUGUGCAACGACGGAUGUGAGAACGGAUAUUGCAGUGCACCCGGGAAAUGCACUUGUAACGAAGGCUACAGUAAAGUCAGUGAAAACAGUUGUGGACCAGUGUGCAUAAAUGGAUGCGAGAACGGAUAUUGCAUUGCGCCAGGGGAGUGCUCUUGUAUCGAAGGCUACAAUAAAGUCAGUGAGAACAGUUGUGCCCCAGUGUGCAAAGACGGAUGUGAGAACGGAUUCUGUAGUGCGCCAGGAGAAUGCACUUGUCAUCAAGGAUAUACUUCAGUGAGUGCGAACAUUUGUUCACCAGUGUGCAACGACGGAUGUGAGAACGGAUAUUGCAGUGCACCAGGGAAAUGCACUUGUAACGAAGGCUACAGUAAAGUCAGUGAAAACAGUUGUGCCCCAGUGUGCAAAGACGGAUGUGAGAAUGGAUUCUGUAGUGCGCCAGGGGAAUGUACGUGUCAUCAAGGAUAUUCUUCAGUGAGUGCAAACAGUUGUGCACCAGUCUGCAAAGACGGAUGUGAGAAUGGAUAUUGCAGCGCGCCAGGUGAAUGCACUUGUGACGAAGUCUACAAUAAAGUCAGUGAGAACAUUUGUGCCCCAGUGUGCAAAGACGGAUGUGAGAACGGAUUCUGUAGUGCGCCAGGGGAAUGCACAUGUCAUCAAGGAUAUUCUUCAGUGAGUGCAAACAGUUGUGCACCAGUGUGCAAAGACGGAUGUGAGAACGGAUAUUGCAGCACGCCAGGGCAAUGCGCUUGUAACGAAGGCUACAGUAAAGUCAGUGAAAACAGUUGUGCACCAGUGUGCAUAAACGGAUGCGAGAACGGACUCUGUAGUACGCCAGGGAAGUGCUCUUGUACCGAAGGCUACAAUAAAGUCAGUGAGAGCAGUUGUGCACCAGUGUGCAAUGACGGAUGUGAGAACGGAUUCUGUAGUGCACCAGGGGAAUGCACGUGUCAUCAAGGAUAUUCUUCAGUGAGUGCAAACAGUUGUGCACCAGUCUGCAAAGACGGAUGUGAGAACGGAUAUUGCAGCGCGCCAGGGCAAUGCGCUUGUAACGAAGGCUACAGUAAAGUCAGCGAGAACAGUUGUGCCCCAGUGUGCAAAGACGGAUGUGAGAACGGACAUUGCAGCGCGCCAGGGCAAUGCGCUUGUAACGAAGGCUACAUUAAAGUCAGUGAGAACAGUUGUGCUCCAGUGUGCAAAGACGGAUGUGAGAACGGAUUCUGUAGUGCGCCAGGAAAAUGUACCUGUGAUAAAGGUUACAGCAAAGUCGCAGAGAACAGUUGUUCUCCUGUGUGCAAAGACGGAUGUGAGAACGGAUAUUGCAGCACGCCAGGGCAAUGCGCUUGUAACGAAGGCUACAGUAAAGUCAGCGAGAACAGUUGUGCCCCAGUGUGCAAAGACGGAUGUGAGAACGGAUAUUGCAGCACGCCAGGGCAAUGCGCUUGUAACCAAGGCUACAGUAAAGUCAGUGAGAACAGUUGUGCCCCAGUGUGCAAAGACGGAUGUGAGAACGGAUUCUGUGGUGCGCCAGGAAAAUGUACCUGUGAUAAAGGUUACAGCAAAGUCACAGAGAACAGUUGUGCUCCUGUGUGCAAUGACGGAUGUGAGAACGGAUUCUGUAGUGCACCAGGGGAAUGCACGUGUCAUCAAGGAUAUUCUUCAGUGAGUGCAAACAGUUGUGCACCAGUCUGCAAAGACGGAUGUGAGAACGGAUAUUGCAGCGCGCCAGGGCAAUGCGCUUGUAACGAAGGCUACAAUAAAGUGAGUGAGAACAGUUGUGCACCAGUGUGCAAGGACGGAUGUGAGAACGGAGUCUGUAGUACGCCAGGGGAAUGCACUUGUAACGAAGGCUACAUUAAAGUGAGUGAGAAUAGUUGUGAACCAGUAUGCGAAGACGGGUGCCCCAACGGGUUCUGUGAAUCCCCUAAUUACUGCAGCUGCAAUGAAGGCUACAUAAAGCUGGAAAAUGUUUGCACGCGUCACUGGGAUGACACUGAAAGGUCAAGUACCCCAGCUCCGAGGCAAACGGGGAGAAUUGAUAUUUGUGAACAGCUGUGCUGGAAUGGAACCUGUGUGGAUGGACGGUGCAGUUGUGAGGAAAACUACAGACUGACCGAAGAUCCACUUAACGCUACAAAAUUGCUUUGCCUGCCCGAGUGCGAGGAGGAGUGCGUCCAUGGUUAUUGUGCAUAUCCCGGCGUGUGCCUCUGCUAUGAUGGCCAGACACCAGAAGCAGGCGUUGAGUGUCCAAGUUUUACAGGCACAGAAAAUGCGGGUCGAACUGCCGGCAUGAAUAUUUUCAUCAAAAAUUGGCUAUUUCUGGCCUUAGUGGCCGUGGCUGUGGUGCUGGUGGUGAUCAUCUAUGUGAUCAUGUAUGCACUCAGGCAACGGCACUACAGAGUGGACGAGAAGGAACAAAGAUAUGGCGUUUACUUUUCGGCUAAACAAGCUGAUAUAAUACGUGCCUGAGUCUACGUAAUGUGUGUGUCUGUCUUUCGAGAUGUGCAAAGAAAUGUCAAGUACUUACCAUUAAUUCUACAAGUAGAUAGUUAAUGAACUAAUUACUGAAUGAUUUAUAUGCUUUGGCAAAUUAUAAACUAUAUUAUACACAUGUGCAUUCGAAUUAGCAUCAGUAUUACGAGUUUGAAAUGUUCUAAGCUGGUUUUUAGUUCAUGUAAUGUAAUAUAUGGUACGUAAGUAUUUCAUUUUUAUAUGCACUCUACCCACUGAAAAAAAUCUAAAAGCGUUUGAAUACCCAGUACAGGCUUGAUGCUAUAUAUAUAUGUACCGAUUUAAAUACGACUU